UCCUCCAGUCUCGACUACCUCGUCCUAAACCAUCUCUCAGAAAACAGGCCAGCUGCUUCAAAUAUGGCCUCAGGUAGCAUCACGCUCUUCAUCCGCACUCAUUGUUUGCUUCUGCAUUUCUAACUGAUACUCGAUACAGAUAUGCGCGUGGAACCCAAGGCUUUGAUUCUUGUCGGAGGCUAUGGGACACGCCUUCGGCCCCUGACGCUGAGCUAGAGGCUCUGCGGGAGUGCAACGUAAAAGAAGUGGUCCUUGCGUUGAGCUACAUGCCGCACGGAUUCAAGCAAUUCCUUGAAACAUACGAGGAAGAGCUCGGCAUGACCAUUACGUGCUCUCGGGAAGAGGAGCCGCUUGGGACGGCUGGGCCUCUGGCUUUGGCUAAGAAUGUUCUUCUGAAGUCCACUGCUUCUGCGCCACCACAGCCAUUCUUCAUGCUCAACAGCGACGUGAUCUGUGACUAUCCAUUCAAAGGAUUGCUUGACCUUCAUAUGAGCCGUGGUGCCGAAGCGACACUUAUGGUGACUCGUGUUGAGGAUCCGAGCAAAUACGGUGUUGUGAUAUUGGACGACGCAGGACAUUUUCCCCAAAAUCGCCAUGGAUAAGAAGCUAUAUGCCAUGGUUCAUACCGGCUACUGGAUGGAUGUUGGGCAGCCCAAAGACUACCUGGAAGGGAUUAAGACUUAUUUGCAUCACAAGAGAACAUCGCAUCCAGAGAUGCUGGCCACUGGAAACAACAUUGUUGGGAAUGUGAUUGUUGAUCCAUCUGCAACCAUCUCUAAAACUGCUUCUGUUGGCCCUGAUGUUGUCGUUGGGCCCAAUUGCAUCAUCCACGGUGGUGCGAGGAUCCAUGGAAGUGUCCUCUUGGGAGGUUCUCGAAUUGGCUCAGGAAGCCUGAUUUUGAACAGCAUUAUCGGAUGGAACUCAACAGUUGGGAAGUGGACUCGCAUCCAGAAGAAUUCAGUCUUGGGUGAGGAUGUGACAGUGAACGAUGAAGUGCUUCUCAAUGGUGCAAAGGUCUUGCCCCACAAGGAGGUCAAGGCAGAUGUUGACACUCCACAGAUAAUUAUGUAGCCAAGCUAUGGCUGUGAAUGGGGUAUUGGGUGGACGAGAUACUGUCAUAUGUACGAUUUACUAUUGUAAUA